AUGGAAAAGAUCAAGGAGAAAUUGAACAGUUUGAAACUAGAAUCUGAAUCAUGGCAGGAAAAAUAUGAGGGGUUAAGAGAACAAGUCAAAGAAUUAGAGCAAUCUAAUACUGAGAAAGAAAACGAGAUCAAAGCAUUGUCUGCUAAGAACGAGCAGUUCGAUCAUGAAGUAGAAAAAUUAGAGCAUCAAUUGGCUGAAACUAAACAAUUGGCUGAAGACUCGAACAAUUUAAGGUCUCAUAAUGAAAACUACACCAAGAAGAAUCAAGACUUAGAACAACAACUAGAAGACAGUGAAACCAAAUUAAAAGAAGCUAUGGAUAAACUGAAAGAAGCAGACUUGAACUCUGAGCAAAUGGGCAGAAAGAUCGUUGCUUUGGAGGAAGAGAGAGACGAAUGGGAAAAGAAAUGUGAAGAUUUUCAAAGCAAAUACGAAGAAGCCAAGAAGGAAUUGGAUGAGAUUGCUAAUUCUUUGGAAAAUUUAUGA